AUGGGUUUCAAGGUUAUUCGUGACAUAUUAUUGCAGUUACUCGAAGAGAAUAUACCUCAGGGUUCCCAUCCGAUUUUAUGUCUUGCGAAAACCGACCAGGAACGUGCUGAGGCAAAAAAGCGUAAACAGGAACUCGAGGAGGAUACUGAUGACAUUUCUUCAGCUAGUAUCGACAAGAAAAGACGUCGUAUUUGGCUGAGACAGGCGUAUAUGGUUCCGAUCGCAUUUGCUGGUGUUCAAAGGAACUUCUCCAACACUAAACCUGCUCGAGAUACUACGUCUUCCGAAUACUUGUCAGAGUUUGCUCGUGAAAAGCGUUUGCGUUGUCAGGCUACAAGAGGUGCAGUAGCACUUUUCAAUGCUGUCAAGCAGCAUCAGAUCAACAUAGGAAAACAAUUGCAAGGUUCAAAAUCAGGAUUUGAAGAGGAGAGAAUACUAACUCAAAUCACAACGUCAGAUUUCCUGGAUCGUUUGUCUGCUGGUAUAAGCAGUUCUAAGUUAUCGAAAACUUAG